AGAGGCCAGACGAGGGAGGGGGCGAACGCCAGAGCGGAGCGGGGCGGAGCGGGGGCGGCGGCGAGGAGCGGGUUACGCUGGCGACGUCGGCAGCGCGAGGCUUCGCGCGUGAGCUGCGCGGGCGCUGGGCCUGGCUACGGAGCUCUCCUGGCGGGCGAGCGGGUCGUCGACGCCAGCUCCUGGGGGAGCGCGGGGAGGAGGGAGGUGUCGGUGUCAGCGGCGUAGUCGACGGCGGUCCCGGCCAUGGAAGAGACGCCGCCGCUUCCGCAGUCCGAGCUGCCCCUGUGCGACAGCCUCAUCAUCUGGCUGCAGACAUUCAAGACUGCCGCACCUUGUCAGGACGUCAAACAGCUGACUAAUGGAGUUGCCAUGGCACAAGUGCUUCAUCAGAUUGAUGUAGCUUGGUUCAAUGAAUCUUGGUUAAGCCGAAUUAAAGAGGAUAUCAGUGACAACUGGAGAAUAAAGGCUAGUAAUUUAAAGAAGGUACUUCAAGGAAUUAUGAGUUAUUACAAUGAGUUUUUGGGGCAACAGAUUUCUGAAGAACUUAUCCCUGAUUUAAACCAAAUAACUGAAUCUUCAGAUUCUGUGGAGCUUGGGAGGUUGCUUCAGCUUAUUUUAGGUUGUGCAGUCAACUGUGAAAAGAAGCAAGAACAUAUUCAAAAUAUAAUGACAUUGGAAGAGUCUGUUCAACAUGUGGUCAUGACUGCUAUUCAAGAGUUGAUGAGUAAAGAAAUAUUGAGCUCCCCUGCAAAUGAUGCUGUUGGAGAAUUAGAGCAACAGCUUAAAAGGGCCCUGGAAGAACUUCAGGAAGCACUAGCAGAAAAAGAAGAACUGAGGCAAAGAUGCCAAGAACUAGAUAUGCAGGUGACAGCACUUCAAGAUGAAAAGAAUUCACUCGUUUCUGAGAAUGAGAUGAUGAAUGAAAAACUUGACCAGUUGGAUGGAUCUUUUGAUGAUCCAAAUACAAUGGUUGCAAAAAAGUAUUUUCAUGCACAGUUACAACUGGAACAAUUACAGGAAGAAAACUUCAGGCUGGAAGCUGCAAAAGAUGAUUACCGUGUUCACUGUGAAGAACUUGAAAAGCAGUUAAUUGAAUUUCAGCAUAGGAAUGAUGAAUUGACUAGUCUUGCUGAGGAAACAAGAGCCCUGAAAGAUGAAAUAGAUGUUCUUAGGGCUACUUCUGAUAAAGCAAAUAAACUGGAGUCCACAGUUGAGGUAUAUCGUCAGAAGCUACAAGAUCUGAAUGACCUUCGCAAGCAAGUGAAAACAUUGCAGGAAACAAACAUGAUGUACAUGCAUAAUACUGUCAGCUUAGAAGAAGAAUUAAAGAAGGCAAACGCGGCACGUACCCAGUUAGAAACAUACAAGAGACAGGUUCAGGAUCUUCAUGUUAAACUUUCCUCCGAAUCCAAAAGAGCAGACACACUAGCAUUUGAAAUGAAGCGGCUUGAAGAAAAACAUGAAGCUUUACUUAAGGAAAAAGAGAGACUAAUAGAACAGCGUGAUACACUGAAAGAAACGAAUGAAGAGCUUCGAUGUUCACAAGUACAACAGGAUCACCUAAACCAAACAGAUGCAUCUGCUACAAAAAGUUAUGAGAAUCUUGCUGCUGAGAUUAUGCCAGUGGAGUAUAGGGAGAUGUUCAUUCGACUGCAACAUGAAAAUAAGAUGCUUCGAUUACAGCAGGAAGGUACUGAGAACGAACGUAUCGAAGAGCUUCAGGAGCAGCUUGAACAGAAGCACCGCAAGAUGAACGAACUGGAAACCGAGCAGAGACUGAGCAGAGAGCGAAUCCGAGAAUUGCAGCAGCAGAUUGAGGACCUCCAGAAGUCUUUACAGGAACAAGGCUCCAAGUCUGAAGGAGAAAGUUCCAGCAAACUAAAGCAGAAGUUGGAAGCUCAUAUGGAAAAACUAACAGAGGUCCAUGAAGAAUUACAGAAGAAACAAGAGCUCAUUGAAGACCUUCAGCCAGAUGUAAACCAGAAUGUACAAAAGAUCAAUGAACUUGAAGCUGCUCUUCAGAAGAAAGAUGAAGAUAUGAAAGCAAUGGAGGAAAGAUACAAAAUGUACUUAGAGAAAGCAAGAAAUGUAAUAAAAACUUUAGACCCCAAGUUAAAUCCAGCAUCAGCUGAAAUAAUGCUACUUAGAAAGCAGUUGGCAGAGAAAGAGAGAAGAAUUGAGAUUCUGGAGAGUGAAUGUAAAGUGGCAAAAUUCCGUGAUUAUGAAGAAAAACUCAUUGUUUCUGCCUGGUAUAAUAAGAGUCUGGCAUUCCAGAAACUGGGGAUGGAAUCUAGGCUUGUGAGCGGCAGUGGAACUUGCAAAGACACGGGCGCGUGUGCCCCUGCACGGUCUUUCCUAGCACAGCAACGACACAUCACCAACACCAGAAGACAUCUCUCUGUUAAAGUUCCUGCUACAACAUCUGAUUAAACUGCAAAAGAAAACGAACAGAAGUGCCCUUAAAAUAUUUUAUAUCUUUCAGCUAACUACCAGAUUGGAAAGAAGUCUGUGAUUCUGGAUAUCAGAUAUUUUAAAAUCAAAAUGCGUAAAAUCAAUUUUGACAGAUGACUUUGAAAACAAUAUAGAAUUAGCUACCUGGGGGAGCACAUGUGAAUAACUGGAAUGUAUAAGGCAAACAUCUCAAACAAACAUUUGUCUUUUCAGAGUGACUUUGUAUAUUUUAACGUUUUCAGUUGUACCAGUAACUUGGUUAAUAUUCAGUACAUAAUCAGUAAUAUGGAAUCUAAAAAUACAUCUAUAUUUUAUUGUUUUGGACCAUACAAAAGUAGGUAGGCACAUGGAGAAAUAUACAGGAGUUAGAUUUUUUGACUUGAUGUCUUUAAGGUUUUACGUCUGUCCUCUAAUUCUGUCAUUGAAUGGGUACGUAUGUUUUAUAAUGUAAUGGAGGAUAAUGACACUUGAAAGAUUUGGCUAUUGAAAUGACUUCUUAAUUGGAAAUUUUGCACAUGUAGAAGUCAUAGUUCUCAUAUGUACCUAAUAGGGAAAAGUCUUCUGUAGAGCACAGUUGAAACAUUAAGGGUGUGGAUAAGAGGUGACUUUCUUACGGGAAGUAAGCUAAAAAAUACUUUGAAAUGCCUAUAUACUUUUUAAUGUAAUUAAUGAAGAUAACAAUUAUCUUUGCUUUUAAGCAUAAAAUUAUCAGGAUUUCUGCUGAAAAAAAAAAAGAUGUGUUAGUAGUUUUGCCUCCUCACUUUGAAAAAGAGUGCAGUGGAGGAACAGUUUGGAGUUGGUUUGAUUUUGUUUACUAAUUAAGAAAUUAGUCUUGGCUGAGUUUAUCAUAUUCCAUUCAUUUCUGCCCAAAGCUGUUUCUUCAGAGAUGUUACUUUAUUAUUUUUGGUCACUAUUGAAAGUCACACUUUGGUAUUUUGGUUGAGUUAAAUUUGUGCUGUCCAAUGUAGCCAAAAGCCACACGUGGUAAUUUAAUAAAAUUAAGAAUUCAGAUCCUUGGUUGUACUAGCCACAUUUCAAGUGCUUGAUAGCCACACAUGGCUGGUGCCUACAGUACUGGACAGUGCAGAGGUACUUCCAUUAUUGCAGAAAUUUCCAUGGGACAGUGCUGCACUAAACUUCUUACAGUAAGCUGCAAAUGCUCAUCGAUGUCAGAUCACAAAAAUGAAAAGAAGGAAAAUGUUAGGACAGUGUUAGACGUGAAGCGAAUUGAAUUGUGAUGUAACUAGCAUCUUUCCUUCCUUAUAACUGAAUCCAUGUGUGUGACAUUCAUAGUUAAUCUUCCCAGGGCUGUUCAACAGCUGUAUACCUAUCAGCAUGUCUAGUCCAAGGGUCAGCAAACUCUGUAAAGAGACAGAUCGUAAAUUGUUUAAGUUCUGUGAGCCAUAUGAUCGACUGCAAGUACUCGACUCAGUAAAUGCAGCAGGCAUACCCAAUAUGUAAGUAAAAUGAGCGUGGUUGUAUUUCAGUAAAACUUUAUGCAAAAACUGGCAGUAGGCCAGAUUUGGCCUGCAGGCUGCAGACCUCUAAUCAUGAUUUUAUUCUUAGUUUUUGUUUUUUGGGGUUUUUUUUAAUUGCAAAUAUGAGUAUUGUUCCAUUUACAGUGUUAUUCUUUUAGAUACUUGGUUUUUAGAUUCUAUACCAGUGAGGUUUUCUAAUCACUGAAAAUAUAAGAAUUUCCUACCGUAUGUGGGUCUCUGAGAUUAGGGAGCAUCUGUCAGGAUACUGUGUUUUAUCAGGGUUACUUCUUUUGACUACCUCUUAGAUUUUGGUGUCCUUUACUGGUGCAAUUAUAGUGUUGGGCUGCAUUUUUAUAUAUUAUUGUAGUCUCUGCUUGCCUGUGACUUUUAGUGAAGUGGAAAAGCAUGCUAAAAUAUUUUCAAAGGCUAAUUAAAAUUUUCAAAAUAUUAUAGCAUUUUGGUACAUUUUGGUCAAUUUAAGACAUCUGCAGCUUUGAUGUGUACUACUUGCUUAUAAUUGAGAUUUCACAAGCUCUUCAAGCUCCCUUUUAAUGACAUUUACUGUAAAACAUCAAUUUCAAUAAAUUAGUAUUUUCACAGUUCAAUUGCUCAUAAAUUUUCAAUUAUUAUAUUUGGAAUUUCUAAAUAAUUCAUACAGUUUCUGAGUAGUAAGACUAGAUUCUUUUUCCUACAUAGAGAAAAAGGAAAUUUUGUGAUUUGUCACUUUUCUAGUUGAUAGAAUUUAAAAUGCUUGAUACGUAUUUAUACUAAUAAAUUACUAGUGUAAUUUAAAGUUCUAUGUUAUUGAGAUUAAUCAUAUGGAAAUUCAGGAACUGAUCAGAAGUGAGAUUCUUUUCCACAUCUGGUUAAUGUAGUGAGACUGACACCCUGUGGGUGGUAAAGCAUUAUAAAUAUUCAUCUUGAACCAUGAUUUAUACACGUCUGUUAUGAGGCUUGAGUGCAUAUACCAGGGAAGAGAAAGUCAGCACUUAAUCUAUUUGACAAGUAAUUGAAUAUGCCAGUGAUUAAAACCUAGGACCAAUUUAGGAAUGAUCUUUAAUUGUGUACAUUUGCUCUAAGAUUAAUAUUCUCUUUUUAAAAAGUGAAAGUGUGUAUACAUAUGACAAUGAUGUUUAUCCUCAGAGUAACUCAAUGUAUUGAGAAAUAUUUGAAGUUCAUGCUAUUUUUCAAUGAAUAAGGCUAUUGAACAAAUUAUUUACUAUAGAUUAAGAAUUAAUGUCUUGUCUAGAAACAUUAAACUGAGUAUCCCUUACUAAGAUUUCAUCAUCUUUGAUAACGUGAGUGCUAAUUUGAAUGUUUGUUAGAUAAUGCGUCUGCAUCCACACCUGUCUGGAUAGUGACACAUGGGCCCUGUAGGUGGCUUUUAGGCCAUAGUACUGUGUUAGGUCCACUAUAUGUAUAUUUAAUGAGAAACGUUCCUAUGUAAAAAUGUGUGUAUAUGGUUGUAUGCAUACAUUCUUAUUGUGAAGAAGCUGUUGGGAAAUUUGUAAAGCACAACUGCAAAGAAAAUAGUGUGCAGUUAUUAAACUUGAUGUAGCUUAAAUGUAAUGUUUAGUUUAUAAAAGGUUCUUUCUAUUUUCUAUGGCAAAGACUUUGACACUUGAAAAAUAGAAGCAAUACUUGAUUUAUUUUUGUAAGUAUUUAGAAUAUUAUUUUAAAUAAAUGAUUGUCCAAGAAUAGUACAAUACUUGUCAAAUGUUUUAAGUAAAUAAACCUUCUGAUUCUUUGUCUGAUAUGAUGAAUUUUUAGUGGGUACAAGUGCAUGUUUGUUUGCUGCUUUUAAAUAAAGGACUUAAAAUACUUA